UCUGGACCAUGCUUCCAGAGGGGUUUGGAAGCUCUACGGAGACAAGAUGAAGCAUUUAGAGGGGAUAAACACAAUAUAGAUGGAGAGGGAGAAGAGUGUGCAGGGGAUGUGAAAGAAAAUGAUCAGUUGAACACAGAAGAAGAAGAGAAAGAUGAUGAAGCAUUUAGAAGGGAGGAAAACAGCAAGAUAGAUAUAGAGAGAGAGACAACUGAAGAAGAGGAGGAUGACGUUCAAGAAGUGAAAGAACUAAAAGAAGAGUGGACAGUUGUUAGAGGGCAGAAAGGUGGAAUAGAGGAUGUGGAUUCAAUAAGGGUAUACGGCAGAGAUUCCUAUACAAGAGAAAUGUUCCAAACCCUGCAGCAGCUCAGGGACUCCUCUCUCCUCACUGACCUGACUCUGAGCACUGAGGAUGGGCAGCGUCACCACGCGCACUCCCCUGUCCUGGCUGCUGUCAGCUCCCUCAUACACCAGAGACUGCAGGAGAGGGAUGAGGAGAUGGAGAAGAGGAGGGAGAGGAGAGAUAUUGACAUGUAUAUACAGACAGCGAUAUCCAUCAGUCUGGAUCCUGAAGUGGGGUGUGUGGGGCUGGCAGGGGUGCUGGAGUUUGCCUACACUGGGACCAUAGCAGCUCUGAACAGAGAAACACUGGCCCAGAUACAGACUGCAGCUAAAACACUAGGGGUCCCCAGAGUUCUAGAACUCUGCAGUGAAGAGGAGGAGAAGAUGAAGAGGGGAGAGAAGAAGAGGGCAGAAGAAAAGAAGAGAUCUGCUGAAGAACAGAUGAAGGUCAGUCUUCAGUCCAUCAGACAGUUAUGGGCAGAGAGAGUGGGCUGUGAUGUGGAGCUGGAGGUUGGUGGGACAUCAUUUCAUGUCCACAGAGUGCUCCUGUCUGCCAGUAGUGACUACUUCCGGGGAAUGUUCACCAGCGGGAUGAAGGAAUCCCAGCAGCCCUGUGUGGCCCUUCCCUUCCUGGAGGCCUCUGAGCUGGAGGCCCUGAUUGACUGCUCUUACAGCGGGUCCCUCCCCCUCUGCUGGGGACGUGUCUUUGAGAUCACAUGCAUUGCCUUCCAGCUCCAGUUCCAGCCCGCCCUCUUGCUGUGCCUUGACUUCCUGGAACAGGAAAUGGACGCCCACUCCUGCCUGGACGUGGCAUCUUUUGCUGAGGCUUAUGGGAUAACGGAACUCCUCGAAGUGGCCAACGACUUUGUCCUGAGACACUUCCAAAAUGUGGCAGCCACCCCUAAAUUCCAAGACCUGCCAGUUAAGAAGCUUAUAAAAUACCUGAAAAGCAACUCCCUCUUUGUACCCUCAGAGCUUGUGGUCUUCAAGGCAGUAGUGGUCUGGAUCAAGGCCUGUCCCAGUCAAAGGCUUAAACUCACCAAAGAGCUGGUGAAGAACAUCCACUUUCCCCUCAUGACCUUCACAGAGUUCAGUGAAGUUAAAACCGCAAAACUGUGGACUGAAUGCAACAUGAAUCAUCUCUACCUGACUAUACUGGAGGACUUUCGCUCCUAUCAAGUUACACCUUGGAGCCUGUGCAGGGUCUACCAGCCCAAGGACAGUCUAGUCUUGGUGGGUGGAGACCAGAUCUCUGCCGACUUUAUCCGGCGAUCCCCCAGCCGAGAACUGUGGUUCGGGAACUCUCUGAGGAACUACACAGGCAUUGUAAAGACAGUUGAGUGGAGGUUGCUGGGAGAGAUGCCAAAGCCACCAAGGUUAAGUCACGAGGUGGCUGUAGUCGCAGGGAAGUUGUACGUGCUCGGGGGACAGAAUUAUAAAGGAAUGCUUGCCGUUUUAAACUCAGUCUACAGAUAUAAUCCGCUUCAGGACCGCUGGGAGAGAAUGGCCGACAUGCAGGAGAAAAGGUGUAAUUUUUCCGUGGUUGUUCUGGACGAGAUUAUAUAUGCCAUUGGAGGGUACAUUGAUCCAGAAACUAACCUGGAUAGUGUGGAGCGCUACUGUCCAAAUACAGAUUCUUGGAGCUUUGCCCAACCCUUGGAUAUGACCUUGAGUUGCCAUGCUUCCACAUUGUUGGAUGGAGAGAUCUUCAUCUCAGGGGGGUUCGACUGCAGGUACCAGUGUCUGGUGUCCAUGUCCCUGUACCAUCCUGAGAGAGGAACAACCUACCUGGCAGAGAUGAGCCAACCUCGAGCCCAUCACUGCAUGGAAACUUUAAACAAUCAUCUUUAUGUGGCUGGAGGAGUCACUGUUGAUGAAAACAUGACGUCUGUCGACCAGCUGGCCUGUGAGGUCUACGACCCUGUUAGUGACUCCUGGAGUGCCCUCAUGCCCCUGGCCGUCUCCCAUGUUAGAGCAGCCUCUGUGGUUCUGGAGGGGAAGAUCUAUGUGCUGGGAGGAUACUGCCAAGAGGACUACAGGGAGACCAGACUGGUGCAUCGUUAUGAUCCCACCAACCAACUUUGGGAGAAUAUCGGCGAGAUACCCGGACCUAACACUGACAUAAGAGCCUGUUUGCUCCACCUGCCCAAACACUUGAGACAAUGAAAAAUCACUAUACAUCCCAUAACACCACACUAAAUAUUAUUCCACUACAUGACCUACACCUUACUCCACCCAACUCUUAUAAGUUAAGAAUACUGAGUAUACCAUCCAUCUAGCUAACACCAAGCUAUAUUUUCAGUUUUACAAAUCAUUUAUUUUGUAUAUAUUUAGCUCAAACCAUUUCAAAUCAAUAAUAAAAUGAUAUAUAAAGGUUCUCUACUGUCUAACAGCUAACUGAACCAGCUGGUGGAAUUGCUUAUUUUCUAUAAGUAAAUUAGAGGUAGAUGUACAAGUUCAUGGUGAAAAUCAAGCUAUUUAGCUAGCCAGCUAGCUACUUUUUGGCAUCUGCUUUAGUGUCACAUUCUAGGGCUUAUAAAUUAAUAAUACAUUAACUAUCAUUAGCUUGUUCCAAAAUUAUAACCAAUUGCCAUAGCCAACUUAUGUAAUGUAACAUUGAUCUUACAAGCAUUUAUUUCAAUGGAUGAGGAUGCUUAUUGUUUUAACACUGUUUUAACACUUUAUGUAGCAUGUGCCAUACUUUAAUCACUAUAUUCACAAGGACACCAGUUAAGCAACUUAAACGUGUUUAUUUCUCUCCAUGUGCAGGCUAUAAGUGAAUUACUAUAAAAAAAACAGGAAGGGCAUUACAAUUUCAGGGUGGCUUCAUGUCCUCUUGGGAAAUGAGAAACUGGGAAGUUGGAAGUCAUAAGUCUAACAUGAAUGUGUUCACUUGCUUUUGAAGUCUGAAAAAUUAUUCAACCAAUAAGAUUUUAGCUAGCUUAUCAACAUUGCUAAUAAUAAAGUUAGCUAGCUUGCUUAACAUUGACAUAUGAUCAAACUAGCUACAUUUGUCUACAUUUCUCCAAAAACGUGUGACUUUUCUGUCCUUGCAUUUAUGGCUGUGUAAGUUGUCAUUACAUCAUAUAUCAAUAAGACAUUUAACUUGAACCCUGUAUGAAUCCUGGAUCUAGCUGUGGAAAAUACAACUGAAUACAUAAUUGUGGUGAUUGUCCUAUAUAGGUAUGAUAUGAAGUAUGUGAGACAAAAUAUAUGUAUUAUAUGAGUCCUCUAUGAAUAUUAUAAGAAAAGCAUAUGUUCUG